GCUUGUUUGCUAAUGCACUGUAGCAUGUCAUAGAAUCUGCUAUAUUAGAAAACUACAGGUAUAGCAUUUGCCUUGUGUCCACGCUAAGACGAACCCUGUUUUCUUUUCCUUGCAGAUCAGCCAUGGAAGGAGCCAGUGAUGCAGGCGGUGAAGGAACUGUGAGGAGGAGGAGGGCGUGCUCUUGCUCAAAGGAUGACUUCCUCCCCGAAGAGUCCUUCAGGAGCUGGGGGAAUUACUGGGGUGCCCUCAAGGAGACGCCGGCCAGGCUGCGGGACAGUGUCCUCACCCGGUCCCUUGAGACGACGGAGCUCGGCGAGGUCAAGGCCCGGAGCCAGCACGAGAUGAAGCGGACGCUGACGUGGUGGGACCUGAUCUGGUUUGGGAUCGGGGCCGUCAUCGGCGCCGGCAUCUUCGUGCUCACUGGCCUCCAGACGAAGGAACACGCGGGCCCUGCCGUUGUGCUCUCCUUCGUGGUCUCCGGCAUAUCGGCCAUGCUCUCAGCCUUGUGUUACACCGAGUUCGCAGUAGAAAUACCAGUGGCAGGUGGAUCAUUUGCCUACUUGAGAGUGGAGCUUGGGGACUUCAUGGCCUUCAUCGCGGCGGGCAACAUCAUACUCGAGUACGUGAUAGGCGGCGCCGCCGUCGCGCGCUCCUGGACGUCCUACUUCGCCACCCUCCUCAACCUCAAACCCGAUGACUUCCUCAUCAAGGCACACGGCCUGGCCGACGGCUACAACCAACUCGACCCCAUCGCUGUGUGCGUCUGCGGCGUCAUCUGCGUCUUUGCAGUCCGCAGCACCAAGGGCUCGUCCCGCCUGAACUACACCGCCUCGAUCGUGCACCUCCUGGUUCUCGUCUUCAUCAUUGUGGCGGGCCUCACGAAGGCCAAUGCAGCCAAUUACACCCCAUUCACUCCCUUCAAGGCCCAUGGCAUCUUCAAGGCCUCAGCCGUGCUGUUCUUCGCGUAUGUCGGGUUCGACGCUGUGUCCACAUUGGCGGAGGAGACCAAGAACCCCGCGCAGGACAUACCGAUCGGCCUGGUUGGGUCCAUGGUUGUGACUACCAUUGUCUAUUGCUUGAUGGUCAUCACACUGUGCCUGAUGCAGCCAUACUACCGGAUUGAUACACAUGCCCCGUUCUCGGUCGCGUUCAAGGCAGUCGGGAUGGACUGGGCCAAGUACAUUGUCGCCUUUGGGGCGCUCGAGGGCAUGACAACGGCACUUCUCACCAUGGCCGUGGGGCUGGCCCGGUAUGUCACGCACAUUGCCAGGACGCACAUGAUGCCACCCUGGUUCGCCAAGGUCAACGAGAAGACCGGGACGCCCGUGAACGCCACCAUCGUGAUGGUCUCGGCAACCGCGGUCAUCGCCUUCUUCACGAAGCUUGAAAUCUUGUCCGAACUCCUCUCCAUCUCCACAUUGUUCAUCUUCAUGCUCGUGGCGGUCGCCCUCCUAGUGCGCCGGUACUACGUCAGCGGGGUCACGAAGCCUGUCGACCGCAACAAGCUCAUCGUCUGCAUCUUGCUCAUAGUCGGGUCUUCGAUCGCGACCGCCACUUAUUGGGGCCUCAGAGAGCAAGGCUGGGUCGGGUAUGUGAUCACAAUGCCAAUCUGGUUCCUAGCAACACUGGCAUUGAGGGUGCUUGUCCCGCAAGCCCGGGACCCAAAACUGUGGGGCGUGCCGCUGGUCCCUUGGCUGCCGUCGGCCUCAAUUGCCAUCAACAUAUUCCUGCUCGGGUCUAUAGACCAGGCGUCAUUCGAGCGGUUUGGGAUGUGGACCGGGUUCUUGCUGUUGUACUACUAUUUCUUUGGGCUACAUGCUUCAUAUGACACAGCCAGGGAGAGUGGAGAGACCAAGGGCAAGGAUGGCUUGGAGUGGAAGAAGAUUGAGGAAGGGAAUGUGAGCUCCACAACAAAUGCAGGCCCUGGAGGUGUAGACAACGGCAGUGAAGCUUCUGCGAUUCCUAGUACUUAAGACAUCACGGUGCCUGCUGUCAUUGCUGACAGCUGAUGUUCAAUGUAUUCAUAGUACUUGUGAUUAGUGACCCAAGAAGGGAUUGUUCAUAAGCAGACCUUGUUUCAGAGACUUCCAUACUCUCGAGAUAUGUCAUUCUCCGAUUGAUCGUUAUGAUCGUCGGAAAUAUCUUUGGAUACGACGUACAGCAAACUUUAGCAUAAGGGUGACCAACUAACAGCCGAUUUGGUUGCAGUAAAUGGAGUACAGCCGGUUGAUCACGGA